GUAUCAUUUAAGUUUCCUUUGCAGAAAAUGCGAAUCAUAGAUGUAUUGUUAAUCGCAGUUAUUUUGCUGAUGAUGCAAAAUUCAAGUGCCGAAAUUCCCGGUUGCGACUUCUACGACACCGUGGAUAUUUCAAAAGCGCAAAGGUUCUCGAACGGAUCGUACCUAUAUGAAGGCUUGCUGAUCCCCGCCCAUUUGACUGCUGAAUAUGACUUCAAGCUCCUGCCCGACGACUCAAGGGAGAAAGUGGCGAGCCACGUAAGAGGAUGUGCCUGCCAACUAAGACCCUGCAUCAGGUUCUGCUGCCCUCAGUACCACAAGAUGAAAAAGGGCCAGUGCUACGGCGACAUGUCAAAGGACGAGUUGGACAGGCACGAUCCCUUCGUGAACGUGACGCUCAGCGACGGGUCGGUGGUGAAGAGGCACUUCAAAGAGGACAUAAUCGUGCAGUCGGAUCUGGCCAAGCCAGGAUGUUCCAGGAUGUACUUUCUGAAUCACGAAAUGCCAGGCAACGGCUUCUCUCUGUUUGAGAAUGGAUCUCUUCUGCGUCACUGGGACAACGUGGUGUUGCCCAAGCGGGAGUACUGCGUCCAGCAUCUUUCGUUCAAGGAUAAUAGUACCCGCAUUGCGCCCCACUUUUGUCCGCUUUCAUCUGAGGCUUCCAAACCAUGGAAGACAGUUGCGAUAGUGCUAUCCCAAAUAUGCAUAGUCUUAACGAUCAGCGUAUAUCUCUACGUCAAGGAGCUUCGCAAUCUAGUCAACCAGUGUUUCAUCUGCUACUUGGCCUCCCUGUUCCUGGGCUACCUAUUCCUGGUACUAAACGUGUGGAAUUACUCAUCCGGAUUCUGCGUUACCGCAGGGUUCCUGGGCUACUUCUCCGUCAUGGCCGCUUUCUUUUGGCUUUCCGUUAUUAGUUUAACCAACUGGAUUAGGCUCAGUGGAACCUCAAACCGGUUGAAACGUAUUUUGCAAGAUAAUGGGUUCCAAACUUACAACUUAUACGCGUGGGGCAUGGCCCUCCUCCUGACCGGAAUAACCUUUAUAGCUGACCAGGUGGUUAAGGACGAGAAGUUGAAACCCCGCGUGGGCGUCGGCAGAAAUUGUUGGAUCUAUACUGGGGAUAUUAGUGUCAUGAUCUACUUCUAUGGUCCGAUGCUACUAAUAAUCAUCUUUAACAUUGUAAUGUUCGUCUUGACGGCGAUUCCCAUAUUUAGGCUAAAGAAGAGUCUGAAUUCCUUCCCCCAACAGAAACAAAUGAAACGAAAGCAAAACUCGGACUCACAACAGUUUACCCUAUUUCUGCGACUUUUCAUUAUUAUGGGUUUGUCGUGGAGCCUGGAAAUAAUCUCGUAUUCGUUGAACACAAAGAUAGCUUGGGCGACAGCGCUUUUGGUGGCUGAUUACACUAACUGGUCCCAGGGUACCAUCAUAUUUGUGCUUUUUAUUUGUAAACCGACAACUGUAAAACUUAUAAUACGAGGGCCACAACGAGAUCCCCAAGUGAGUCACCAUCACCAUAACGCGAGAUCAAAAGCAUCUCGACAUAAUUACAGUGAAACUGCUUGCGAAGGCACGAUUGUGGAUCCAAACGGAGCGUAGAUUUUAUUGGAUAUCGUAGAUGCGGAGUCGCUUUCACCUAAAAUUUAAGGAUUUCCACAACGUCUAUCAUUGUUAAGUUAAUGUUGUUUGUUUCAAUUGAAAAUGGUCGCUUCCAGUUUAAUAUGCCAAUGUAAAGAUGUUACAAAUAAAUAGAAUCGCCGACACC